ACUGGUGCACAUCACCCCAGUGCCUGAGGCCAGGAGACUACGGACACUUUUGGCUGGGAUGCCUCUGGUCCUGGAGUGUGAGGUCUCUACACCUGAUGCCCCCACCUUCUGGUUCAAAGAAGGAAACCCUGUGUCUUUGGAUGAUGGUGCCCUUCUUGUCCAAUCAGAAGGCUGCAUCCGCAGGCUCUCAAUUCCCUCAGUCUCAUCUUUGGAUUCUGGGACAUAUACCUGUGAUGUAGGUGAUGAUGCCAUCACCUUCAGGGUAACUGUGGAUGAGCUUCCUCUGAAGGUUGUGCACUCCAAUGCCAAAGAGGCCCAUGCUUAUGAAGUUGGAGAACGUGUGAUAUUGACCUGUGAAUUAUCCCAGCCUGAUGCCCCUGUGCACUGGUAUAAGGAUGGGGAGGCAGUGGAAGAAAGAGAUGGUCUCCUGCUGGAAAGUGAUGGAGCUCUCCGCCGGCUGGUCAUCACUUCAGUGCAAGCACAGGACUCAGGAGAAUUUAUGUGUGACAUUGGUGGAGAUUCUGUCUUCUUCAACAUCUCUGUUAAAGAACCUCCUGUAACUGUUGUACAGUCCAAUGCUGAAGAUGCUCAUGCCUACCAGGUUUCCCAGCGUGUGGUCUUAAGCUGUGAGCUGUCCCGUCCCAAUGCUUCUGUUCGCUGGUACAAAGAUGGGGAAGAGGUGGAAGGAAAUGAUGGCUUCCUUUUGGAGAAAGAGGGCUCACACUGCCAGCUGACCAUUCCUUCUGCACAGAUCCAUGAUACAGGAGAGUUUGUCUGCGAUGUGGGUGGUGAUUCUGUCUUCUUCAAUAUUACUGUCACAGAUCCUCCUGUCCAGGUUGUAAGUUCCAAUACAGAUGAACCUCAUACCUAUCAAUCCUUGGAUACGGUGACAUUGGCCUGUGAACUGUCCCGCCCUAAUGUUCCUGUUCGCUGGUACAAAGAUGGGGAAGAAGUAGAGGAGUGUCAGGGUCUUCAGCUAGAGGGUGAAGGGUGCCACCAUAGACUGGUCAUUACCUCUGCUCAGGUGCAAGAUACAGGAGAAUUCGUAUGUGAUGCAGGUGGUGAUUCAGUCUUCUUCAACAUUACUGUUAAAGAACCUCCGGUAAAGAUUGUGCUCUCUAAUGCGGAUGAAGCCCAUGCCUACCUGGUUGGGGAGCGUGUGGUGCUGGCCUGUGAGCUGUCUCGCCCAGAUGCUCCUGUGUGUUGGUACAAAGAUGGAGAGGAAGUGGAAGGAAGUGAGGGCCUCCUGAUGGAAAGAGAGGGCCAGCAUUGCCAGCUAAUCAUACCCUCAGCUCAGGUCCAAGAUUCAGGGGAGUUUCUGUGUGAUGCGGGUGGUGAUUCUGUUUUCUUCAACAUCAGCGUUGCAGAGCCACCUGUGAAGAUUGUGCACUCCAAUGCAGAUGUAGCCCACACUUAUCAAGCCUCAGAUCAUGUCGUGCUGUCUUGUACGGUGUCCAACCCCAAAGCCCUCGUUCGCUGGUACAAAGAUGGGGAGGAAGUUGAGGAGGGGGAAGGCCUACUGUUAGAGAGUGAAGGCCUCUAUCAACGGCUCAUCCUUCCCUCUGCACAGGUGCAAGAUACAGGGGAGUUUGUGUGUGAUACGGGCACUGAUUCUGCCUUCUUCGUUGUCUCUGUUGCAGAGCUGCCUGUUCGAGUUGUGCAUUCUAAUUCCGAAGCAGCUCACGUCUAUCAGGUGUCAGAGCAUGUGGAGUUGACAUGUAAGUUGUCCUGUGCCGAUGCUCUGGUAUGUUGGUACAAGGAUGGUGAAGAGUUGGAAGAAAAUGAUGGACUCCUGCUGGAGAGUGAAGGCCCCUAUCGUCGCCUGGUCAUCAUUGCAGCCCAAGCUCAGGAUACAGGGGAAUAUGUGUGUGAUGCUGGUGGUGACUCUGUCUUCUUCAAUGUCACUAUAACAGAGCCUCCAGUGCGUAUUGUAUACCCAGCUGAACGUUCAGUGGAGAAGCAAAUAUGGGCCUCUGAAUGCCUGGAGCUGACUUGUGAGGUGUCCAUUCCUGAUGCUCCUGUACGCUGGUUCAAAGACGGCCUGGAGGUGGAUGAGACAGACAACCUCUUGCUUCAGAUGGAGGGUACUGAGUGCCGCCUGAUUGUACUGCAAGCAGGUGCAGAAGAUGCUGGAGAAUAUAUCUGUGAGACCAAGGAUGAAUCUGUUUCUUUUGAUGUCAAGGUUUCAGACCCUCCAAUACAGAUUGUAGGGCGUGAUGAGCUGCAAACACACUACCGCUGCCUGGCUUCAGAGGACCUUACACUGUCAGUGAUGCUAUCUUGUCCUAAAGGAGAGGUGAAGUGGUACAAGGAUGGAGAGAAGCUGCAAGACACGGAGCGUGUGCGGCUGGAACAGGAUGAAACACGUCAUACGUUGGUGAUUCUGGGAGUAAGACGUAGUGAUGCAGGGGAGUAUCUGUGUGACAGCGGCGAUGACAGCCUCAUCUUCUAUGUGACGGUGGAGGAGCCUCCGAUCUCCAUUGUAGGAAACACAGAGGUGCCAGAACAUCACUCUUUGGCAACAGGAGAAGCUCUAGUAUUGGUUUGCAAGGUAUCUUCACCCAAUGCUGUGGUCCGCUGGUUACGAGAUGAUGAAGAAUUAAUAUCCAGCAAGCGUAUUCGUAUUGAAACCCAUGGAAAUCAUCGGCAACUCACCAUUCUGGGAGCUAAACCAGGGGAUUCAGGCUCCUAUGUGUGUGAUGCAGGCACAGACCGGAUGGUGACCACAGUAGAAGUGGCAGCACCCCCUGUGAGCAUUGUGAAUAAGACGGAUGCCCAGCUGCCUGUGGAAGUUCAGGAAGGGGAAAAUGUCACCCUGGUUGCUCGUCUUUCCCAAGAGAAGGCUUCUGUCCAAUGGUUAAAGAAUAUGCGGCCACUUUACCCCGGGCCACGUGUGGUUCUGAGCAAUGACGGACUAACACGUAGCCUCACCAUAAGGCAAGCUGAGCCAAGCGACAGUGGCAUCUUCAGCUGUGACACUGGAGAUGAUGAAAUACAUUUCACAAUGUAUGUGCGAGAGGCCCCGGUGCUGUUUGUGCCAAAGCCAGAUCAUCCUGAGAAAAUGCUGGUGCUGGAGGGGGGCAGUGCGGUGCUCUCAGCCAUUGUCUCCAAGGAGUCAGCUGUGGUCAGCUGGAAGGGGCCGCGGGGUGCCCUGGUGGCAGGCGAGAACUGCCAGCUCCGCAGAGAGGGACGGGUGCACAGCCUCCUGCUGAACAACGUGGGCAAGGCUGAUACUGGCGAGUACAUAUGUCAAUCCGCUCAUGACCAGAUGCGUUUUGAGCUAAGUGUCAAAGAGUUGCCAGUGAAGUUUGUUCGGGGCCUCUCAGAUGUGUCAACACUACAAGGGGAGACGGUGCUCUUCUGGUGUGAGCUAUGCAAAACCAAGGGUGAUGUUGUGUGGCAGAAAGAUGGCAAGGAGCUGGAAAACAAUGAAUAUGUGGAGAUUCGAGCAGAGGGACGGGAACGUUCUUUGACCUUGAGCCAUGUGAGGCCAGAGGAUGCUGGUGAAUACUCGUGUGAAAGCAAGGAUGACCGCACCUUGGCUAUACUUACAGUCCAGAUUCCCAGGUUGGUGGAGAUUAUUUCUGAGCUGCACAAUUUAACUGUGCUGGAGGGGGAUGAUGCCACCUUCAAGGCUGUAGUGUCUCCAGAUGAUGUGGUCCUACAGUGGCAGAUGAAUGGCCAGGAUGUGGUGCCCAGUGAACGACUCACUAUAACUAAGAAUGGGCUGUGCCAUACACUCACCAUAAAGCAGUGUCGACUGAGUGACACUGGCAUAGUAACUGUCUGGGCAGAAGGCCUAAUGAGUUCAGCCAGGCUCAGUGUCCAAGAGGCUCAGGUGUUGUUUGUUAAGACGCUGCAUGACUUGGUGGCUGAGGAAGGCCAAGACAUGCGCUUAGAAGUGGAAUUGAGCCUGGAGAGUGCCGAAGUGCAGUGGAUGAAGCAAGGCAUUCUGCUCCAGCAGAACUCCAAGUUCUCCAUGGAGGCCCAUGGUCCCCAGAGGGCUCUCACCAUCUACAACAUUGAGUUAGCAGACAGAGGCACCUACCGUUGUGAGAGCCUGCAUGACCGCACCCAAGCCAGAUUGAGCGUGGAACCUCGAAGGGUAAUGGUGAAGAAACCACUAUCAGAUGUGGAGACGUUUGAGAAGGAGACAGUGACAUUUGAGCUGGAGCUAUCCCAUCCCAAUGUAUCUGGGGUCUGGACUCGGGAUGGCAUCCGUGUGAAGCCUGGUUCUACCUGCCGAGUGAGUGCUACGGGCUGCACACACAGCCUGACACUGCUGGGGCUCACGCAAGAUGACUCAGGGACUGUGGCCUUCACUGCUGACACCGUGCGGAGCAGCGCCCGCCUUACUGUCCGAGAGCCUCCAGUAACUAUGCUGCGCCUUCCCCAGGAUAUGGGCAUCCCUGAGACUGGCUCUGCUACCUUUGAGUGUGAGCUAUCCCGGCCUCUAGCAGAGGUGAAGUGGUACAAGGAUGGGGAGGAGAUCCAGAUGGGCCCCACUUGCCGCAUGUAUUCAGUGGGACGCCGGCGCCUCCUUCAGCUCAAUCAUUGCAGCCUUGAAGAUGCGGGCGAGUACACAUGCGAUGCUGGUGACUGCUGUGCCUCUGCUAAACUGCGAGUUUUUGAACGGCAGGUGCAGAUUUUGCGAGAACUGGAGGAUAUUCGGGUACGGGAGAAUGAGAAUGCUGUUUUCAUGUGUGAGGUGUCACUCGAGGAGGUGAAAGGAGAAUGGUUCCGGGAUGGGGAGAGAAUCAAAGUUACGAGUACUGUGAAAAUACGGCAGGAAGGAGCCCGGCACUUCCUGCUUCUGUGCUGCGUUCAUCCUGAGGAUGCAGGCCAGAUCCGUUUUGUGGCCAAAGCAGCCACUUCUGAAGCACGCCUGGAAGUGGAGGCAUUGCCCAUUCGCAUUGUGAAGCCACUGAGGGACAAGACUGUACUAGCGCGGCACAAAGCCACACUGGAAUGUACAGUCUCACAGUCUCGUGGACGUGUGCGCUGGUUUCGUGGUGACACAGAGAUCUUUGCUGGCCCCAAGUAUGAGAUAUGCAACUUGGACUGUUAUCGAACCCUGGUUAUUCACUCUGUUGAGCCUGCAGAUGAAGGCCUCUACACCUGUGAUGCACUGGAUGACUGCUCUACAGCCCGCCUGCUAGUGGAGGCCGAAGGUAUCCAGGUGGUGCAAGGCCUGCGGAACGUGGAAGUGGUAGCUCCCUCUGAGGCUCAGUUUGAGUGUGAAAUAUCUGCUCCUCCUGGAUUCAGCCCCCAGUGGAGCCUUAAUGGGGAGGAAUUACAGCCUAGCUCUCAAGUGCAUAUGGAGAACACAGGACACAUCCAUCGGCUGAGGCUCUGUCAGACAACAACUGGAAUGAAUGGGAUGGUAAAAGUUACCAUUGGCAGUGCCCGUUCAAAAGCGCAUCUCACCGUUCGAGAGCACUAGCAUCAGGAGGGUGCUGAAUGUAAGCACAGUAGAUGCCAGGACCACAAGGGAAAGGUAUAAACAGUAUAUUGGAUGGUUGCACGCGGACAGCUGGAAGAAUGAACACGUAGAUGGACAGUUCUUUCUGUUUCCCUCUUCUGCAUGACAAGGGAAGCAGGUUCUGCUUUAUUAAAUGCAUUUGAUUCCUGAUUUAUUUCUAAAAUUAAA